AUGCUGCUGAUUGUUGUGCUGAUAGCUAUGGUCACUGUGGUAGCUCAGCAGAAGUCAAAUGUGGAUUCUAGCAGCGGGUUUUUCAAUUCCGGUCAAGCUAAAAGACUGAAAGAUACUUCAGGAAGGCUGGAGAACAUGGUGUUGAAGUCCAAGGUGGAAGUGCUUGGGCAAGUUCUCAAAAAACAAUUUGAGGGUCUUGUCGCUGCUGAGAAGAACAAUAAAGUAGAAUUAGUGUUUCUUGUGGAUGCUUCAUCAAGCGUUGGUGCAGAAAAUUUCCAGUCCGAACUUCAAUUUGUUAAGAAACUAUUGGCAGACUUCUCGGUAUCCUACAACCACACCAGGGUGGCCAUAGUGUCUUUUGCUUCUAUUGGGCAAGUGGUAAGAGAAGUUGAUCUGAUGAGUGGACCCUCGGAACAAGAGAAAUGCAGUGUUUUUCACCACAAGGUCAAGUAUAGUGGAGGAGGCACCUACACGCUGGGAGCCAUGCUGGAAGCUCAGGACAUAUUAUCUCACGCUCGUCCAAACUCUCGUAAAGCCCUGUUUCUUGUUACGGACGGAUUUUCCAACGGCGGAGACCCUCGCAAUGUUGCGAAGUCUCUAAAAUCUGAUGGGGUGACAAUCUUCACCUUUGGAGUUCACAAUGGCAACACUGCUGAACUGUUUGAAAUGGCCUCAACUCCUGGCGAGGAACACUCGUACAUUCUAGACAGUUUUGAGGAGUUUGUGGCUCUAGCCAGAAGAGCUUUGCACAGAGACUUGACAGCUGGGUCAUAUGUUCCAGUGGGAGACAGUGCUUUGUGCCUCAACAUCUGUGGUCCCAUGGCCAGGUGUUCCUGUGGACUCCGCACAGGACAAUAUGAGUGUUUGUGUCCCCCAGGACAUUACGGUCUCGGAACAGCUGAUCAGGAACAUCCUUGUCUCCCUUGUCCUAACGGCACGUAUCACAAUGGCAGAGUGCCGGGAGAUGUCACCUUGUGCCGACCUUGUCCUGAUAUCAACCACCAGACACUCGGACCAGCUGCAGACGAGGGUCAUUGUGUCUGCAAGCCUGGCUUUGUGGCCAACGGAUCGUCUUGUGAAAUUGUAAAGUGUCCGGCCCUGAAAGUCCCCAAGAAUGGCCUGUUUGUCCGAGGAGCUUGCAACAAUGUUGUCAACGCAGGAUGUGGAUUACGCUGCAAAGUCGGUUAUUCUCUCAUUGGCUCCAGUGUUAGGCUAUGUCAGCAGGAUGGCAGAUGGUCCGGCAAGCCACCAAAAUGUGUUGUGAAGAGAUGCCCCCGUCUCAGACCCCCACCCAAUGGCAUGCUCACAUGCAGCCCCAAGGUGUCGAGAGAAGAAGACUUCCCAGUGGACGCAGAGUGUAGAUUCUCCUGUCACCCUGGCAGCCAUCUUGUGGGAUCUCCUGUCAGGUCUUGCCUUCCCCUGGCUCGCUGGGACGGUCUCCCAACAUCUUGCAAACCCAUCAAAUGCUUGGCACUUCACAAAGUUCCCAAUGGUGUUUGGUAUCCAGAAGAAUGUUCAACCAACAGGAAACUUCCUUUUGGCCAAAAAUGUAAAAUCUUGUGCAACAAGGGGUUUGACAGAGAGGGACCAGAUGUCCGGGAAUGUGGACUGAAGGGAUCUUGGACCAAUAAGAAAGAAGUCUCCAAGUGUGUAGACACAUCACCUCCGAUUCUCACUUGUCCAGACAACAUCACAGUUCAGACAGACCCAGGAAUGAGUUAUGCUUCUGUCACAUGGUCUCAACCUGAACCUCAAGAUAACUCCAACACCUCUGUUUUGUUGUGGUCUGACCCACCAAGUGACUUUCCAAUGAAACUUCCCAUCGGCAACACAAUCAUCAGCUACGUUGCAACAGACUCCAGCUACAAUCAGGCAGUCUGUGAAUUCUCUGUCACAGUAAAAGAUACAGAACCUCCGACUAUAGAAGAUUGUGAGUCACCACCGCCUUUUUACCUGUAUGUUAAUUUAACUGCCAAUUUAUCUUCUGUGUGGCCCCAGUUUAGUGACAAUUCAAUGACAAAGUUGUACAUAAAUUCGUCUCACAUUCUGGAGGAGUUGACCACUGGUACUACUGAAGUUAUGUUCACUGCUGUUGACAGCUCAGGCAAUUCUAAUUUCUGCACUAUGAACUUUACAAUAGUAGAUGAAGGGUGUAAAAAUCUACCUCCCCAUGUAGUAUCCAACUGCUCAGAUGAGUUCUGUGUCCUGUCUUGUGAGGAAGGGUACAUGUUCACCACGGCUAACUCAACGAUUGAAGUUCCUUAUCCUUGUGAUGAAUCUACACUCCCUCAAUGCUCAGAAACUGAAGUACCUAAUCAAAUCGUGCAGGAGGGAAGUUUUACUUUCGAUCCAGUAUCAACCGAUCUUUGCAAUGACUCUAGCUUUUUGAAUCAGGUGAAGUCAUCCUUCAGACAGAGCUUGGAGGAUGUCUGCAACGACGUCAGUAACUGCAGUGUCGGAGUAGAGACGGAAUGUGAGGGUGUGAUAGAGUCAGUGGAGGAAGAGUCCAACUUGGUGAUCGGUAGAAGGAGACGAUCCAUUCCAGCCAGACACAUCAACGUCAACUUUAAACUGUCUGGUAAGUUCUCUGAGGAAAAUACCCCAGAGAAGUUAUCCUCGUUGGCGAAGAACAACACAAUACUGCAAGGUAUUUCUAAAAAGAAGGCUGGAAAACUUAAUUUAAAACCAGCUCAUGGAGUUUGUCUUCCUGGUUCUAUCUACAAGAAGAGCCGAUGUGUCAAGUGUCCACCUGGUACGUACUGGAAGGAAGGUAAGCGCAACUGUGUGGCCUGUGGGUUUGGAACCUAUCAACCAUUACCUGCUCAACUGGACUGCCUUCUCUGCCCCAAUAACACCUCUACUAGAAAACUACAUGCAAAGAAUGUCCUGUCUUGCAGAGGAGUCUGCCCGGCAGGCACCUAUGGCUCUGGGAGGGGUCAUCAUGCUCCGGGACGAAAGGGAGUCAAACCUUGCCUCUCAUGUCCUCUCGGCACCUUCCAGCCAAACCCUGGCGAGCUGGCUUGUCUCAGUUGUGGUGAAAACAAGACGACCGCUCGGCGAAGGUCCACUAGAUCCGAGGACUGCCACCUCCCACCCUCCCCUUGUCUGCCCUCCCCCUGCCACAACGGAGCUACCUGUCUACCCAGAGGCUGGCAGUCCAGCUGUCAAUGUCCUACAGGCUUCAUAGGGGCUCACUGUGAGAUUAGAAGAGAUGAAUGUCAGUCGCAGCCUUGUCUCCACGGAGGCUCUUGCGUAAUAACUGACUCUGGACAUGUGUGUUUGUGUGAGCCAGGCUUCACAGGCAACAACUGUCAGACAGACAUAGAUGAGUGUGCCUCAAACCCCUGCCUCAAUGGAGGAGAAUGCACAGAUUUGAACGCCUCCUUUAAAUGCCACUGUCCUCCUGCUUUUGAAGGUGAGUUAUGUGAGGUGGACGUAGAUGAUUGUGCCACAACCCCCUGUAAUGAGGGUAGCACCUGUGUAGACCUGGUAGGCAACUACUCAUGCACCUGUGCACCUGGAUACACGGGCCGCAACUGCGAGCUCGAUCCUUGCCUCAACACUACGUUGUGUCUACACAACGGCACCUGUCACCUUGGCGACAACAGCUCUUUGUCUUACUGGUGUGAGUGUGAGCAAGGGUUCACCGGGAAGCAUUGUGAAGAGGAGUUAGACUUUUGUACUCCAUCCCCCUGUCAGCACAACAGUUCUUGUGUUGGUAAACCUGGGAGUCAAGACAUCCAGUGUGUCUGCAAACCUGGUUUCAUCGGGGCACAUUGCGAGACUUAUGCUCCUUCAAACUAUACCCUGACUUUUCCUACUUCGGGUACCACAAAUUAUGUUAAAGUAAAAGGACCGGCUGGGAAUUUGGAAGAGGUCAGUGUUUGCCUAUGGGUGAGAACUCAGGAUCAUUUCAACUAUGGCACAAUACUCUCCUAUGCAACCCACGAUCAUGAUAAUACAUUGACUCUCACUGACUACAAUGGUUUGGUGUUGUACAUCAAUGGUGAGCGGGUAGUCACUGACAUCACAGCCAAUGACGGCUACUGGCAUCACAUCUGUGUAGAGUGGACUUCAGCUGAUGGUCUAUGGAAUGUCUACAAGGACGGGACAUUGGAGGAUGGAGGAACUGGACUGGCAAACAACAGCUACAUACCAGGAGGAGGAGUGAUGGUGUUGGGGCAGGACCAGGAUCUUGUAGGAGGAGGGUUCAACGCAGCAGAGUCGUUGGUUGGCCACCUGACAGGGCUACACCUGUGGCGGGGCCGCCUAGGUGGGGACAAGGUGCGCCGCCUAGCCACUCUGUGUCAGGCGCAAGAGGAGGGCGACCUGUACAGCUGGGGACAGUUUCAUCAAGGCGUUCACGGCCACGUAGAGGUCGGUCCGCCGACUUUGUGCCAAGGAUGUAGCAAACUGUCUCCUCCACCGUUCACAUCAAUUGAAUUGUCAGAUACUGGGGAUAUCGCCACCUACACUUGUGCUCCUGGCUACUCUUUCAAGUUCUACUUGAGCAAAGAAAUCUCAAGAACUGAGAGAAAGUGCUUAGUCAGUGGAGAUUGGGAGGGCAAACCUCCUGUUUGUAGCAAAAGGAACUGUGGCUUCCCAGGAUACUUCCCAGCUGGUUGGAUAAUAGGAAGAUCCUAUUUCUAUGAGAGCAAGAUAGAAUAUGUUUGUCAAAAUGGAUACCGGCUUGUAGGUGAUAAGACAAGAACCUGCCAAGCCAAUGGGACUUGGAGUGGUGAUAUUCCAUCUUGUCAAGGAGGAGACUGUCCAGAUGUUUUUGUCCCUGAUCAUGGAAUGAUGUGGGGAAGUAUUGAGGAUAGCUUCAGACUGGAGUUUGAGUGCAAAUCUGGAUAUGAACUUCAUGGAAGUGAAAUAAUCACUUGUCUCUCCAACAAAACAUGGAAUCACGACCCUCCAAAGUGUUUACCAAUAACAUGCAAAUACCAGAACAAUGUGACUGACGCAGUAGUGUUGUCUGGCCCUGGUUUGUUAGAGGCUGGACAUUAUCAGUUGACCAGUGUUGUGCAACUCAGUUGCAAGGAAGGUUACAUCUCCAACACCAGUCUACACAACAUGAGCUGCAACUACGGAGGCUGGAGUCCGCCACCUGUAGAUCUAGGAUGCAUAUCAGUUGUGUGUCUUCCAUUGAACAUCACAAACGGUUCUCUCAUCGCUGAGUCUUACACUCCAGGAAGCAGAGCGUCAGCGAAGUGUGACAGAGGGUUUGUGGUGAACGUUACUGCUGAUGUGUCCUGUCUGCCGAGUGGAGAGUGGAACCCUGCAGUCAGCUGUGUGAGAGUGAGAUGUCCGGAGAUUGUCACCAAACAUCUGACACUGCCCAGCAGUGACUGGGGCAAAGUAGCCAUUAUCCAGUGUCCCCCCUCCAUGCUGCUCAUAGUGGGCGGAGCCAAGGUGGCUGAACAAGAAGUUAGAUGGGAAUGCAGUGAAGAUGGUCUGUGGAAGAAUCUAACAAAAGCACCAGUGGAUCCUCAUAUAUUAGAAUGUGUUGCCAAGAUGACGCCCUGUGCCCUACCUGAGAGCCCGCAGUUUGGUUACAUUGUCCCUGAUGAUCAGAACACCUCAGAGUUCAAUGAGGGACAUAAACUUGAGGUACAAUGUCGCCAGGGUUACGUGCUACAUGGUAGCAACUUGACUGUGUGUAAACGAGACGGCACUUGGACCAAUAACACUGUCUGCAGAGCUGUUGACUGUGGAGAUCCGCCUGUGCCUCCUCUCACACAGCUGACUCUAGUGUCCAGCACUCUCUACGGCAGCCUAGCCAAGCUGCAGUGUGACCCGGGCUACCAGGCUUAUGGCGAGAUGUCCCUGCGCUGCCAGACCAACAAGCGGUGGUCUCGCUUCCGAGGCAGAUGUGUUCGUAUUUCAUGCGGAAAACCUUUGUUACAAGAUGGUGUCAAUGUGAUAGGAAAUGCUUACUUGUAUCAAGAAAAGCUUCAAAUAGUCUGUCCAACUGGUUCAGUUAUUUCUGGAGAUGAGUACAUAACAUGUGAAAAAGAUGGAAAGUGGAGCAGGUCACCUGAAUGUAUCAAGAUUUAAAAAACUGAAAACAAGAACGUUGAAAGUUGUUAGAAAUAAAACAUUU